AGCCCGGGUCAUGUGACUCCAGAACCCGGCAGCUGAAGUUUGUUACCCUGACAACCGGCUGACCCGUACAGACCUUCCGGGAAAGCGCGGAAUUGGGAGGCAGAGUGUUUCCAAUGUUUGAGAUACUUUAGCAUGUUUACUUUGGGAGGUCAAAAUUGUUGACUAUGGCUAACCAUUCCCAAGAAGAGCUAGAUGAAGAGUUUGAACAGUUUAUGAAAGAGCUUUCAGAUGAUUCUUUUGAAAAUUCAGACAAAACAGCUAGACAAUCUAAAAAAGAAAUGAAGAAGAAAGAUACAGUGCCUUGGUGGAUAACUGAAGAUGAUUUUAAAGAUGAUGGACAGCUUGGAACAAAUGUGAGCUAUUUGAAAACAAAGAAGAAUUCUCAACCUGUUAUGGAAAUAGAAGAGGAGUCUGCUGAAAAGAUUCAAUUUCUUAAGAGCAGUGGAACCUCUCUCUUAAGUACUGAUAGCUUAGAAACAAAUGAACUAGUAGUUUCUGAGCUCAACCAUAGUAUUCUCGGAGUGGGAUUGGACACAUUAGAAGAACAAGAGGAGAAAGAACAAUUUUUUGCCAGGCUUGAGAAAGGCUUGACAUCUUCCAUUGAUUAUUCGAGAUUAAAUAAGGAAUUGGAUUCUAAUGACUCUAUACAUUUUAAAGCUUUACAUAGUAAUCAAGCUAAUGUAGAACUAACUGAUGACGAACAUGAGAAUGAAUCGAAACAUGAAGAACUGGCAGAAAAUUACAGUGAUGAUUUUGAAGAUGAGUAUGUUGGUGCACCGUUGACUACUAAAGAUGAAGAGACGCCUUCCAAAGAGAAUUCCAAAUCAGAAAAAAUAAGUGUACCCAAACAGGAAGAAGAAAAAACUGGCAUGCUAGCUAAUGUUGUGCUGCUUGAUUCACUAGACUCUGUUGCAGAGGUCAAUCUUGAUGAACAAGAUCAAAUAACACCUAAGCCAAGGGGCCUACCAGAAAUGACUGAGAAUGAAAUGACAGGAACAGCAGGUGUUUCCUAUGGGCAAAGCAGUAGUGAUGUUGAAGCCCUACAUCAAGCUUAUUGUCAUAUAGCCCAUUCAUUGGGAGAUGAAGACAAACAAAAAAUUGAUAGUAAUACAAUGGAAGAUACCAAGAGCUCAGUGAAAGGUCAUUCUCAAGAAAAUGAAGAGAAUUCAAAAAACUUCUCUACUAUGGAAUCCGAUCUGCCCACAGUAGAGGAGCUGAUGAAACCUAUCAGAAUAGAUUCCUUUGGGGUCAGUGGUUUUGAUUUACAACCUGUGAGCUCUGAGAAAGUGGCCGAAAGUAAAGAAACUGAAUUUGUUAACUCUUUACCCCUGAAGACGAACCCAAAUAUUAUGUCUCAAGACUCACAACAUGUGAACCAUUUUUUUGACAAAAACGAUGAGAAUGUGAUUUUACAAAAGACCACAAAUGAGAGUAUGGAAAACAGCUGUCCACAAGUAACUGCCACAGAAGAACAUGUUGAUAAAAUGUACCUUAAUAUUUUGAGGAAAAAAAUAUCUGUUAAUUCUUCAUCAUUAUCUCAGGAUGACAAAAUUAAUAAAACUUACAGAUCUCAACUUAGCUCUGAAGAAGAAGGGGCUGUAAUGGGUAAACAGGUACCAUACAAGAAGGCCAGAAGUGCACCUCCUUUACUUAAAAGGAAACCCCAUCGUGGAUUAUAUGCAUCAGUUAGGAGCUCAGGCUAUGGCAAACCCAGUUCACCACUCAAGAUGUUUUCUACUCUUGAAAAUAAAACUUCAGGGGACAUUAUAAAAAGCAAAAACUUGAGAUCGAUUUCCACCUCUAAUCAACCUAGGAGAAAAGAAAUCUUAUCUGGAACAAAACUCAUCAAGCCUGCAGCUUUGGAUAAACCAGCUCCCAAAACUGAAAGUUGCCUGGUUACUCCUAAGAAGUCUGAAGAUCCCACAGAAACUGAUUCCUGUAUUCAGUUUCAGACUGAUUCCUUAGGAUACUGUUGUGAGAACAAGGAGGAGGAAUUACUUAUGUUUAAAAGAGUUCAGGAAGCAGAGGAAAAAUGGAGGGGUGCACAAGCCCUAAUUGAGCAAAUUAAAGCCACAUUCUCAGAAAAAGAGAAAGAACUAGAAAAUAAGUUGGAAGAACUAAAGAAACAACAGGAAAAAGAACUCUUCAAAUUGAAUCAAGAUAAUUAUAUUCUUCAAGCCAAGUUAAGCAGCUUUGAAGAAACAAACAAAAAAACAAGGUGGUUACAUUUUGGAGAAGCAGCUGAUCCUGUCACUGGAGAAAAAUUGAAGCAAAUCCAAAAGGAAAUACAAGAACAAGAGACACUUCUUCAAGGAUAUCAACAGGAAAAUGAACGAUUAUAUAAUCAAGUAAAAGAUCUCCAAGAACAAAACAAGAAAAAUGAGGAGCGAAUGUUUAAGGAAAACCAGAGUUUAUUCAGUGAAGUAGCUUCCUUAAAAGAACAGAUGCACAAAAGUCGUUUUCUGUCUCAAGUAGUUGAAGAUUCAGAGCCCACAAGAAACCAGAAUUUUACAGAUCUGUUAGCAGAACUACGGAUGGCACAGAAAGAAAAAGACAGUUUAUUGGAAGACAUCAAAAGACUGAAACAAGACAAACAAGCUCUUGAAGUAGACUUGGAAAAAAUGAAGAAAGAGAGGGACCAAGCCAAAGAUCAGAUUGCUUAUGUCACAGGUGAAAAAUUAUAUGAAAUAAAAAUUUUAGAAGAAACACAUAAACAAGAAAUCAGUCGUCUGCAAAAAAGAUUACAGUGGUAUGCUGAAAAUCAGGAACUUCUGGAUAAAGAUGCACUUCGGCUUAGAGAAGCAAAUGAGGAAAUUGAGAAACUCAGACUUGAGAUUGAGAAACUGAAAGCUGAAUCUGGGAAUCCAUCUAUUCAGCAGAAGAUACGCUUAAAAGAUAAAGCAGCAGAUGCCAAAAAAAUUCAGGAUCUGGAGCGACAAGUAUAAGGAAGUAGAA